AUGAAGCUCAAACUCAAGAACCCCGACGCCCCUCCUAGCGAUGCGCCCGCAGGCCCUCCCCCAUCCGACGCGUCCGCACCGCCUGCGCCAAAGCCCGGCCUGAAGCUCAAAUUCAAACCCGCCGUGGCUGCCCCUAGCGAGCCCGCCGACGGACAGACUGGCGACGUGAACAAAGUUAAGCGCAAGUACACCAAGAAGCCCAAAGUCGACGAGAGCGGCAAUGUCAUUCCCCCAGGAAAGCUGCUCGGGCCUAAGAAGCGGGCGCGCGACGAGGGCGAAGAUUUCGACUCACCGGCCGCUAAGCGCAAGCCAAAGCCCACUGCAAAGAGCCUCGCCAUGGCCAACGAUACCGACGAAGACGACAAUCUUACCGCAGUCGAGCAGCCGCCGCCUCUACUCAAAGCACACAAUCGCACUCAGUCGAUCAAGCUGUCCAUCAAGCCAAAGGGCAGUAUGAACACGGCUAUUCCAGGACGAAGUACAGCAAUCCUCAAGGUCAAGGGCGCAGGAAAGCCGCCAGUGAGACCGUACGGUGUUGGCUAUGACAGUGAGGCAGAGGAGGCGGAAGUCGACCCGGCCAUCGAGUCUCAGUUUGUGUUGCGGAUGAAGCCUGGACCAGACUGCGACUUACUGCGCAAGUCUAUCGAAGAAAAGACCAUCGGCAAGAGCAUGUCACAAGGAGGCCCCGGCGUGCACUUCCGAUUCUUUGACCGCGAGGGCCGCCGCGCCAUGCUCACCAUACAGAGCCGCAUGUAUGCAGCAACCAUGGUUGAGCUUCCUGCCGUUAUUGAGUCUCUGAAGAGUUGGAACAAGAAGGACUGGGUAAAAACAGCCGACGUGUGCCAGAUGCUCUUGGUCUUGGACGAAGUUAAGAACGAGGAAGAGGCGAAAAAGUAUCCUUUACCAUCCUACAUCUCGCCAGAUACACAUCGAUACCCCCACGGUCUGACACCACCCAUGAAAUGGGCUCGCAAACGGAGGUUUCGCCCUCGCAAAUCAUACAUUGAUGUAGAGCGAGCCGAAGCAGAAUUGAACCGGCUACUAAACGAAGACGCCAACGCAGUGUCCGCAAAGUACGAGAUGGUGGAAAGCGAUGCAGAGAGCUCGGAGGAAGAGUCCAGCUCGGAAGAAGAGGCCGACGAGGAAAUGGUCGACGUUGAGCAGGCCGAAGAGAUGGACGCCAACGAUCUCGAGCAGAUGCUUGCCCAAGGACUCAUGGACGAUGAAGUCGAGUUCACAGGCGACAAUGAGCAACUGAAUGCAUUGCUUGCCAACUCGAGCAACGUCGAAGUCGAACAGGUUGGCACUCCCACCACUGCUCAUGACGUCGCUAUGCACGCUCUCGGUCAUAGUGGCCACAUUGAGCCCGAGACUGCGGCUUCUACGCCAGCGGCAGCCACUUCUGCUGACGAUGACGAUGACGAUGACGACGCCGACUCUGACGAUGGCGACGAAGUCGAUGAAGCUGCGGCGGCGGAGGAGCAGCGUCAAGAACAGCUCAGAGCCGAAAUCGCAGAGCUGGAAAAGGCCAUCGUUCAGAGUACCGAGCAGCGCGACAGACAGACCAACGUCCUCUUCAAGAAGCGUGUACAGACGCAAAUCGACAAGCAAAAGGCGGAUCUCGCUAUCAAGCGUAAGCAGCUAAACGAGGAGGCGGAUGAGUAAUAUGUAGGGUAUUAUUGUUGUAAGCUUGCGCCGGCAGCGCGGCACAAGCAUUCGGUAUUGGUUCAUGAGGGAAUUGCGUGACAUUGCAAUGGCGUCCAGGGUCACAGCAUUGUUACGGCGUUAUGGAGCAGGGCAGCACGCUCUCCCUGAAUGUAGGCGUUACUAGAUUUGAAUUAUUC